AUGCUGGCCACCAAGCCGCCAUUCUCUGGCUCCUCCAUCAGCACAGCUGGUCUGGCUGCCAACACGAUGCAGACCGGUCUGCCUACCGCCCGCCGCAUCCCCAACAUUGCAAACGCCCCUCAGACUUUUGCCAGCCCGACUGAGUCCGAAUUCUCUGAAUCCGACAGCCCCGACUCGGUCAAGAACUGGGACGAGGACCGCGUCUGCGACUACCUCGUCAGCGUAAAGUGCGGCGAGUACGAAAAGCUCUUUCGCAAGAACAAUAUCAACGGCCAAAACCUCUUAGAAAUGGACAAGGAAGUCCUAAAGGAAAUGGGCAUCGACAAGGUCGGCGAUCGCGUUCGCCUGUUCCUCUGCAUCAAGAAGCUACGAACAAAGGCCUACGCCAACCAAAAAAAGAGAAAUAGGGAUUCAUUUGCCGCUCUCGAACCCAUAUCGAUAUCUGCUCCCGGCGUCUCGCCCCGGCCACUCAAUCUUCGCAGUAAUACGAGCAACAGCACCAACCCCGCGCCUGUAAACCGACGAUAUUCGAGACAGGUCGAUGUACCCCCACCCCUCGAAAUCGAUCGCUCCGCUAGACAUUCAUCGCCUCCCAUGUCGAGCGAAAUUCGCUCGGCUAGACAGCAAAGAUUUCCAACUGCUGGCUACAUGAGCAAUGCCACACCCGGCACCUCUGCCAGAAUACCUGCUACCGAAGGCUCAACAUCCGGCCGCAUACCAACAGCCCACACGAGAAACAACUCUAGCAUGGAUGGUUCUCUGAUGGCUGCUCUGCCACAAGGUCAGGACGUUAUUCGUGUCAUAUCUACCGGUGGUGUCACCAAGGUGGUCAAGAUCGCCGACUGUAACACUUGUGAGAACGUCAUGCGUGUCACUCUCCGAAAGUUUUCGCUGCGAGAGGACCAUGAGAGGAAUUACUGCUUCUGGGUCCUCACCGGCCUCGAACCGGACCCCCGUCAAUGUAGACGCCUCGGUGAUACUGAGUUGUGGCGCAUCAUCAAGGAUCAGCGCCGCUCCGAACGCAAUAGGUUAAUUCUGCGUCGCGUCCCGGCUGGUGAGCCCGGAGAGGCCGAGCUGCAGCGGGCUGCGGCUAUUGCCCUGGAAGAAGAGCAGCAGAAGCAUACCCGUGCGCUCGAGACGGUCGAUAAGCGCAGCCAGGUCAAGGUGCAAAAACUACUGGGUGAGAACUGGGAUGAAGAGCUGCAGCAGCCCAUGUCCCCGCUUCUUUUCCGCGAGCGCGAUGAAUUCUACAGAGCUGCCUUCCGGGAGUUGGAGAGGUCCUCGCCCAGCUCGGAAACCCGGCCAUCGAGCAAGGGCAGCAUUGGCCUACGUCAGUUUGGCGGUCUGCGACCUCCUAGCGAACUGAUUGCUUCUGAUCUUACUUCCUAUUUCCCUGAUCAUCCCCGCGAAGAGAUUGAUCGCACUGCCCGUCUUUCAAUGCGCCGCUCCACACGUCUCAGCAGAAUCAAUAGCCGUCUAAGUGUUGCCAGCAACCUCAGCUUUGCUUCUAGCAAUACAGAUGCACCGCCUAUGCCGACGAUUGCGGAUUCUUGGCUGAACGGAAACACACAUAUCGCCAAAGUCCGUACCAGAGAUGCUCGUAGCAUGCUUUACCACCGCGACUCCAUUUCAUCUUCCAUGCUUGAUACCCUCCAAGAGGAGGCACCUUCAGAGCCGGACCGCAAGUCGUACGUCUCCUUUACCGAGAGCAACUCUGAUACUGCUGCCGGUAGCCUGACGCAAUCGGAUGGCACCAUGGCUAGAGUCAUGAGCUACUUUGAUGGGGAAGGCUCUACCUGUUCAGCGCCCCUGUCCGAUAUCAAGCAAGCUCUCACCAAUGAUGGCGAGGAUGACGAUGAGGAGCUACAGAGUUUCCUAGACGGUGACUCAUGGGACGACAACAAGUGGAUGAAGGGAGCUCUAAUUGGCCAAGGUUCAUUCGGCUCGGUAUACCUUGCACUACAUGCCGUGACUGGCGAGCUUCUCGCUGUUAAGCAGGUCGAGACUCCAUCCGGGACGCUCAGCGCCAGCGACUCGCGCAAGAAGAGCAUGAUUGACGCGCUGAAGCGAGAAAUUGGGCUGCUGAGAGAGCUCAGACACGCAAACAUUGUGCAGUAUUUGGGCUGCAGCUCAUCAGACAACAACCUCAAUAUUUUCCUCGAGUACGUUGCUGGUGGUUCGGUGCAGACUAUGCUUAACUCGUAUGGUGCCCUUGGCGAGCCUUUGGUGCGAAGCUUUGUGCGUCAGAUCUUGACUGGUCUGUCAUAUCUCCACGAGCGCGACAUAAUCCACCGUGAUAUCAAGGGCGCCAACAUUUUGGUCGACAACAAGGGCACCAUUAAGAUUUCCGACUUUGGUAUCUCCAAGAAGCUCGAGGCCUCCAAUCUCUUGGGUGGCGCUAAGAACGCUAAGCACAGACCUUCUCUGCAGGGCUCAGUCUUUUGGAUGGCGCCAGAGGUGGUGAAGCAGACGUCGUACACGCGCAAGGCAGACAUCUGGUCACUGGGCUGCCUGGUCGUGGAGAUGAUGACGGGCACGCACCCGUUUCCCGACUGCAGUCAGCUGCAGGCCAUUUUCAAGAUUGGCGGCGGCAAGGCAUCGCCGACCAUUCCGGAAAAUGCCAGCGCAGACGCCAAAAAGUUUCUGAACCAGACAUUUGAGCUGGAUCACGACCAGCGUCCGAGCGCAGACGAGCUCAUGCUGAGCCCAUUUCUCAACCCCAUCACGUGA